AUGUCCAAACUAUUCAUCGGAGGCCUAGCAUGGCACACUGACGACCAGACCUUGCGCACCAAGUUCGAGGAGUACGGCCAGGUCGAUGAAGCGAUCGUCGUCAAGGAUCGCGAUACCGGUCGCAGUCGUGGCUUCGGCUUCGUUCGGUUUGCCGAGGACUCCGCUGCUGAUGCAGCCAUUCAGGCCAUGAACAACGUCGAGUUCGACGGCCGCACCAUCCGCGUCGACAAGGCUAGCGACCGCGGCAGUGGUGGAGGCGGCGGCGGCGGCGGCGGACGUGGCGGCUAUGGCGGCGGCGGAGGUCGCGGCGGCUAUGGAGGAGGAGGCUACGGCGGAGGCCAGGGAGGUUACGGCGGUCAGCAAGGUUACGGCGGUGGAGGAGAAGGCUACGGCGGAGGUGGCAACAACUGGCGCGGUGGAGGCGGCGGCGGAUACGGCGGUCAGCAAGGCGGCGGCUAUGGAGGUGGUCAAGAAGGCGGAUACCAACAGCAGUCCAACGGCGGCGGUGGCUACGGCCAACAGCAGCAGGGUGGAGGCUGGCAGUAG